AUGACUACUUCGACAUUUGAUUCUGCGCAUGAAGAACAUGAAAUCCGAGCUUCUAAUAAUAUGAAACCACUUUCUAGACACAUUUCAGAUUUUUCAAAUGAUUUAGAAGCUACAGACGGUAAAACUCGUCGACGAAUCCAAAAAGUAGUAGAGUUGCUUGAGAUUGAUGGUAAAAGAGUUAGUAAAACAGCGACUGGUAAAAGGAAGUUCCAUAACAAGUCUAAAAAUGGAUGCGAUAACUGCAAGCGGAGGAGAGUUAAGUGCGAUGAAGGAAAACCUUCAUGUCAAAAGUGCUUGAAGAUGAACCUAGGCUGUACAUACACUCCAGCUAAACCUAGGAAGAAGAAAAAUGAAGAUAUGGAGACUGUUAUUAAAUAUGUCACAGCUAGAGGUGAGGCUAAAGACGCUAGCGAUAAGGAUAUUGAAGCGGAAAGUAAUGAUAUGUCUUCGGUAGUUACGCAUUCGGAGGGAAGGACUGAUACUGCAAUAAACCCUUGUUCUCCAAACACAACGUCAGAUUCUACUCUACUUCCGCAUUUAUUUAUCGCUUCAAGCACUCAACAACUUCAGCAGCAGUUGCAGAUGCAACCACAUUUGUUGCCUCAACUUAUGACAUUAAGUGGUUCAGACAAGUUCAAUGCGUUUGACCUUUCGAGCUGUCCGACACCGAUACAAGCAGCCAACAUGAAUGUUAGCAAUAGCAUUGGCACUUUCUUUUCUAAUAGCAAGGUAACAUCCACACUGCUUCAGCAGAUUGCUCAAUCCCCAGGACAGUUAGAUCUGAGUUCCUCACUAUCCAAGAGCUUGAAACAAAAUAAUAACACAAUUGCUCUAAAUAAUAUUGGUAAUGUGCAAUACGAUUAUCCAGAGUUGCUUAGUGUCAAGCAGCUAUGUACGAAGGAUCAAUCAACAUUGUCAAAUUCGAUCUGCGGAGCUUCGGUUUCACAUUCUACUACAUCGGGUUCGGAGCAUAAAGAAAGACUUGCUCGACGAGAAGAAGCUUCUUCGCGAUCUUCAGAAUCAUCUAAUGGGGAUAUAACUUCGCCGUCUGCCUCUUGUUCAUCAUUACCGCCUAUGCAAGUACAACCAAAUGACAUGCAUGACGGGGCACAGAAACAAUCUAAUCAAGCAGCUGCGCAAGCUGGACAAAGACAACAUCAACUCGUGCCGCCAUCAACGCAGGAGUCGUUACCUCAGGUACGAAGACGGCUACCCAGGCAUUCAAGCUCAGAAAAGAAUCACAAUGGCGUGGGUGUAUUAACAGCAUUAAAUUCUGGGCCAGGGGCCCAAGGCUUAUUAAAUAAUCCAACAAUUGCACCGUUGCCACCGCCAAUGUCACCAAUUACUCAAAAUGGGGCUACAUCUUGCAAUUUAAUCAACAAUCCAACUAUAACUCCUCUUCCCCCUCCAAUGUCACCUAUUGGUAAAGCUGCCACUAAAGGAAAUCUUAAUAAUCUAGCAGCUACAGUCCCUCCAGUUUCCGCGAGUGUUUUAGCUACCGGCAUUGGCAAUCGUGAAUGUAACUCCGAUUCUAAUAAUCCUAAUAAACGGGGCCGAACCAAUUCUAUGGAAGGAGAAGAAUUACCUACAACGGCAUUCAUUAAUCUACCUUCUUUUGCGAAUAUUAUUGAAUUCAGUCAACACAGCACGUUGAAUCUAGUGGAUGUGAAAUUGUUUCACCACUACUGUAAAAACGUCUGGCCUACAAUUAUAUCUGCUGGUAUCAGUGAACAACACAUAUGGUCAGGUGAAAUUCCAGAACUUGCAUUUCAAUACCCUUUUCUCAUGCAUGCACUUUUGGCCUUUAGUGCAACUCAUCUAUCCCGCUCUGAAGCAGGCCUUGAGCCUUUUGUCUCGUCGCAUCGACUAGAAUCUCUGAAACUACUUCGGGAGGCGGUGCUACAGAUUUGUGAAGAAAACACAGAUGCACUCGUCGCCAGUGCACUCAUUCUAAUUAUGGAUUCGCUCGCCAACGCCGCCCCUCCAAAUCAGACUUCAAUGUCUAGUGAUACCAUGCUGCCGUCUGCUUGGAUAUUUCAUGUGAAAGGCGCAGCCACCAUUCUUACAGCUGUGUGGCCUUUAACACCAAGUUCCAGGUUCUACAAUCUUAUUAACGUCGAUCUAAGUGAUCUGGGCGACGUAAUUAACAGCGAAAAUGGCACGAUUAGUGACCUCGUGUGCUUUGACGACAGCAUUGCAGACCUAUACCCAGUAGAGAUAGACUCCCCAUACCUCAUAACAUUAGCUUAUUUGGAUAAACUACAUCGUGAGAAGGAUAGAUCAGGGUUCAUGCUGCGGGUUUUCGCCUUUCCUGCUUUACUAGAUAAAACCUUUCUCGCCCUUCUUAUGACUGGCGAUUUAGGCGCCAUGCGCAUAAUGAGAAGCUACUAUACAUUGCUACACAGCUACGCUACGGAAGUUAAAGACAGAGUCUGGUUUUUGGAGGGCAUGUCGCAAGCCCUUCCUCAGGAUGUAGAUGAAUAUAGCGGAGGCGGCAUGCAUAUGAUGCUCGACUUCCUAGGUGGUGGCCUGCCUUCAAUGACUACUAUGAACUUCACGGAGCUCGUAUGA